AUCUGUCAGUGUCAUCAGUCACUGAAACUGAAGUCAAAUGUUCAAAAUAUGAAUAACCUCAAUUGAGUAACUCGCAAACAGUUUAUAAUUUAAUAUUAUUUUAUUAACGAUGCUUCUGGGAUUGUUAAGAAGGACAUUACGCGCGGCGUGCAUCGCACAGUCGCCGCAGCUGCACACCACUGCCGCCAGUUAUGCUGCCGUCAAGAAAACCACAUCCGCCGCUGGAGGAGUGAUGGGGCUGGGCAAAGGCAAGAAGAAGGCGGGCAAGCUGACUGCCAUGGAGAAGAAGGAGAUGCCGGUGGAGAGCGACCCGCAGCGGCUGGUCAGCCACGUGUGCGGCUCCAACAUAUACACCACCGGGGAGGACGUCAAGUUGCAGGAGGACAGCGCGUACCCCGCGUGGCUGUGGUCGCUGCCGGUGGGCGCGGCGCCGCGGCUGGCGGAGCUGUCGCCGCAGGACAAGCGCUACUGGCUGCGCGUGCGCGCCGCCGGCAUGCGCCGCAACAACAAGCUGCGCUCCAUGCGACGCUUCUAGUCGCAUCUACCUCCUACUUGUAAGCUUAGCUUUAACUAGACUAAAUGUUAACAAAUAAAAAUACUUACCAAA